UAAAAAUGGGUGUUACCGGAUGACUGGAUCUUAGCAUAGAGAUAAGAAUCCCAAAUUAAAAUCAUAGGUUGGAUUUGGAAAUCCGAAAAGGAAGUUUCCCAGAACCUCAACUACCUGAUUUUGAAUUUUGUCACAUUCUUCUGUUACUUUAUUAUUUAUUUAUUAUUAAUCACUUUCUCUCACUAUCAUUCAUAUAUCUCUCUCUCUUCUCUUUGAUUUUUUCCUUAUUUGUGACGUUUUUGCUCUAUCCAGAUUCAACCUCUCACUUUUCUAUUCAUUUUCUUCUUUUUUUUUUUCUUUCUCCAUUUGGGUAUUCAAUUCAUCAAGGUAAUGUAUUUCUAAUUCCUUUUUUUUUUUUUUUUUGAAAAUUCAAUUCAGGGUUUGAUUCAAAUUGCAUAAAGUUUGGUUUUUUGUGAAUAAUUCUAUUGGGUGGUUUGAAUAUUUUUCUGGGUUUUUCUUAUUUUUAGUUAUUUUGGAUCAAUUUGAUAUUGGGUCAUCUUUUAUUUGUGGAAUUUGGAUUUGAGAUUACAAUUGGGUUAGUAUAGUUAUAGUAUGGUAAUGCAUGUAAGAUAGGAAAUUUGAAUAUUAAAGUUGGAAUUUUCUGGAACAAGUUGUUUGUUUAAUAACAUAUUGUGCAUUAGUGUUAGGAGAGUGUUUUUGGGUAAUUUGUGAAAUUUAUGGAACUAGCUAGUAGGCAUAGAGUAAUGGAGAAUGGGGGAGCUGAGGAGAUGGAUGUUGAAAAUCCUGUGGAUGAGCAUAGAUUCUACCCUUCUCAUCCUGUAGGUUUGGUGAAGAAGAGGGCUUAUAUAUUUGAUGGUUCGGGGAAUUUUUAUAAUAAGGAGUGGGAUCUGGCUGAUCUUUAUCAAAAAGAAGAAAAGGAAUCGGAUGCGGUGGAAGGUCGAGGGAAUGAGUUUUCUUGGUACCAUGUGGAACUUCCGAAAGGGAAUCAGAAAUUGUCUCAAUCUGCGCAGGACUUGAUUGGUGUUCUAUGUCCGCCGUUGAAAUUGCAGGAUAUUCUUUCACUUGUUAGUAAUGGGCCCUUUUGUGCACAUGUAGACGGUGCACUUGUUUUUCGGGUUAAUUCACCUGGGCCUCCUUCUAGUGAUUUUACAUUUAGACUUGCUGCUAGAGUUACUGAAAAUUCGGUGAUUACAGUGUCCUUAGGGCGUGUUCCUCGGUUAGGUUUCUCACGUAUGGGUGAAUCUUUACUUUCGGAAAUUCCUAGAGUUGAAAGCUCCUCUCGUUUUAGUGGUCAGCAGAGGGAAGGAAGUGGGACUGUGAUUAAGGAGCAUGUUCUUGAAUUUUUAUUGACGAUGAAUCAUUCCGAGGAAGCUGACAAUCCUGUUCCUAGAUCUGUCUCGAAUCUUGUGGUUCACAUAAUUGACACGCAUGUAGACCAGCUUCAGGAUCUUGUGACAAAGCUUGAGAUGGAGUUGGACUCUGUCGAGCUUGAUCUGGAUAAAGGUGGUUAUGCUCUGAAGAAACAAAUGCUAGAUGAUAGAAGAUUCCCCAAGAUACAUAUUAAUUUGCAGCGGCUCCUGCAGGUGAUUGCCCAUGGAGAACAAGUGUAUCUUCGUGUAAAAGAAAAAUCCUCUUCGAAAAGAUGGUUAUCAAUUGAAGACAUUAACUCCCUUGAAGAACUAAUUGGAAGGUUGAGGAGGCUAAAAGAGAAUGUAGGGUUUAUAGUUAAUCGUGUCACGGCAAUACAGGCUAGUCUUGACAGUUGGCAAUCGGAGCAAAUAAACCGCAAACUGUACUAUCUCUCAUUUCUUUCAAUAGUAUUCCUCCCCUUAUCCAUCAUAACAGGAGUAUUUGGCAUGAAUGUUGGAGGAGUUCCAUGGACAGGUCAAAAUUCCCCAGAGCUAAAGGAUGGUUUUCGGAAUGUCAUGUUAGUAUGUGUCAUUAUGCUUGUUCUUGUACUACUCUGCUUCCUUUUCCCAGCUCUUUAUACGCGGAUAGUUACUGCUUGGCGAGAAAAGAAAACUCUUGGAAGAAACUGGUCACUGAACAAGAAGUCGUUGCUCAGGAGACCGUUAAGAAUAGAUGAUACGGCGAGAGGGGGUUACCUUCGGAUUUAAUGGUGAUGUAGUGCCUGCUUCAUUUCGUUAAUCCUACUAGUGAACAUUCAAGUUACACUAUACCCACUUCUUUAUGUUUUGAAGAAUGUCCCGCGCACAAGCAAAAGCAACCUUAUCAGCUGGUUUUCUUCAAUGGCUCAUACAGAAUACUAAUAAAAUUGACAUUUAGUUGUCAAUAAAAGAAUCACCAGAAGCACAAAUCGAAUCCUCAUGAAGCACAGAUUCUCUGGCUGAUGAAAUGAGAGAUUGUAAUCAAGCCAAGUUUUUGCUUAUUCUUUCAUUUUUUUCCCUUCUUCGGGGAGGGGUAUGUGGGCCCAUCAGUAUACAUUUCUUUAACAAAACUUGUACAGUGUUUUUUUUCUUUUUUUCUUCCUUCUGGUUAAUGGCAGAGAUUUUGAUUUAGUAUCAUAAUUAUGAAAUGUCAUUGUACCAAAAAAAAAAAUGUCACUUGGAGCCUUGUUUGGCCCUUAAUUAUUUUGGGACUGAAUAAUAAUGCUUGUGGUUAGAAAUGAAUACAAUGAUUACAGUUUUCCUGCUC